AUGGCAAGCAGAAUUACCACAACUAGUACAAAUACUGGUGAUACAAUAACUACAAAUCGAGAAACAACUACUUCAAGUAGUACUACUUCAACUACUAAAACUACUACAAAAAUCACAACUACUUCGAGUAGCACAAGUGCUACUACUUCAACUACUACAACUAGUGAAACUAGUACCACAACUAGUACUACGUUGACUACUACAAGCAGUACUAGUUCAAUACUACGUCAACUACCACAACUAGUGAAACCAGUACUACCUCGAGUACUACAAGUACUACUACUUCGACUAGUACUACCUCAAGUACCACGAGCACUACUACCUCAACUACUACAAGUACUACUACCUCAAGUACCACGAGCACUACUACCUCAACUAGUACUACCUCGAGUACCACAAGUACUACUACCUCGACUAGUACUACUUCGAGUACCACAAGUACUACUACCUCAAGUACCACGAGCACUACUACCUCAACUAGUACUACCUCGAGUACCACAAGUACUACUACCUCGACUAGUACUACUUCGAGUACUACAAGCAGUACUAGUUCAAGCACAACAACUACGACUGUUUCGAGUACCACAAGUACCACUACCACAACUAGUGAAACUAGUACUACCUCAACUACUACAAGUACAACUACCUCAACUACUACAAGUACCACUACUUCAACUAGUACUACUUCGAGUACUACAAGUACUACUACCUCAACUAGUACUACUUCGAGUACCACAACUACUACUACCUCAACUACUACGAGCAGUACUAGUACAAGUACCACAACUACUACUACCUCAACUACUACAAGCAGUACAAGUUCAAGUACAACAACAACAGCAAAUCCAUGUAAGUAUAUCGGGUAAUUUACUUUGGAAUAAAACGGGUAUUACGGUACUUGGUUCAGUAGCAGCACCAGUACCAGCAUCUGGUGUAUUUCUUGACUCGAAUGAUACUUUAUAUGCUGCAGAUGAGGCUGGUCAUUAUGUUGUAUGGAAACUAUUGAAAAAUGCUAUAAAUGCAACGAUCGUAGCUGGAAGCUAUGGAUCAAUAGGAUCAAACAGUUCUCAAUUAUAUUUUCCUAAUGAUGUCUAUGUCGAUAGAUCUGGAAAUAUGUAUGUAACUGAUAUGGGUAACAGUCGAGUACAAAAGUUCAUUAAUAAAUCAACAAAUGCUAUAACUUUCGCUGGUAGCGCUAAUGGAUCAGCUGGAUCUGCAUUAAAUCAAAUGAAUGCUCCACAUUAUUUUACUUUUGAUCCAACAGAAACAUAUAUGUAUGUUGCUGAUACUGGAAAUCAUCGAAUUGUACGUUAUUUAACAAAUUCAACUUCGGGUACUAAUGGAGUUCUUGUGGCUGGUGGAGUUGGAGGUAGCAAUACAAAUACAUCAUUGAACGGACCAUGGGGUAUUCAUUAUUUACCGUCUGUAAGUAAUGAUCUAUUCAUAACAAAUUAUAAUGGACAUUCAGUUAUACGUUGGACUCCUGGUGCUUUAUCAGGGAGUGUCAUUGCUGGUGUGCCCGGUGUAUCAGGUUCUGAUUCCACUCACUUAAAUAGUCCGAUGGGAAUUAAGAUUGAUAAUUAUAUGAAUGUGUAUGUGGUUGAUUUUGGUAAUAGUAGGGUCCAAUUGUUCUGUGCUAAUAGUAAUGUUGGUUUUACCAUUGCCGGAAAUGGUACUGCGGGUAGUGGUGCAACACAAUUAAAUUCUCCACGAGGUAUUGCAUUUGAUUCAGCAAUGAAUAUGUAUAUUGGUGAUGAUGUCAAUAAUCGCGUGCAAAAAUUUAUGAAACUCUAA